CGCGCACCUGCCCGCCGGCUUGGGUAUCACUCCGCGGGACAACAUGGCGCAUGGCGAAACCAAUGAGAGCGUAGCGUUGGGCGAAGAGCCGGGGUACAGGGGAAUUGGAGGGUUGCGCAGGCAGGGACAAGGAUUCGGAAGUUUGAAGUAUUUUUUCGGGACGGCCGAAGGGACUGACAACAGAUGGUCGCCGAUGGCAUAGGGUGAGACCGAGUGCAGAGGAGAUGUCGUCAAGGAGAUUGAAGGGGCCGUUAUAUCGAUAUCGGCCAGUACUUUUAGAAAAAAAAUGGCCGAUCCUCUUGUAUCCUCGAUUCAGGAAAAUAAACUGACAACUCUUAACCGAAAAAUCAUCGAGAUUAAAAAGAAGAUUCAGCUGUCUGAGGGGCAGCGAAAAGCAAAUUUUGAAGAAUGCGACGCGAAGAAACGUGAGAGUUUGGAUAUACUUGGGAAUCUCAAGAAAGAAAUUAAAACACUUCAGAUUAAAUAUACCAAAGCUAAAAAUAAUGAAGAAGCUGCGGAUAAGGUGGCCCUCACGAGCCGCGAGUCGUCUGUGUGCGUUAGAAAAUGCGGCUUGGAGCAGGCCAUCGCCAGAGUCGAUGAAGACAAUAUUCGAUUGCGAAAAAAACUCGAUCUCGUCAAGUAUGAGAGUGAUAAGCAACAGGACAGACUCUCCAAACUGCUCGGGGAGUAUGAGCAGUACAUCAAUGGGAAGGUGCAAAAAUUCGUUGAGAGGAAAUUGGAUAAUCCAUUGAAAAAGAAAGUGAUAAGCCUAGAGAAUCAUUUGCAUCGAAUAAGCGUAAUGCAGAUGGAAGCGGACACUGUCCGUAAGAAAUACAGAUCAGUCAGAGCGAGCCUGAAAUCAGAUGCAGCCUUCUACGUCUCUCAAUUGAAAAAUCUGGAGAAGAGCAUAAAGGACCAAGAUGCUGAGAUAAAUCAGCUCCAGGGGGUUAAAACGGAGGCCGUCGAUUUGAGGGACAUAACGAAGGAGACACUCACGAAGCAGGAGAUCGAGGCUAUGCACACGAGCAAAGAACGGGAGAAUGUCAUUCUGGAUUACAGGCAACGGGUGGAGGACCGCCGAUUGGAGCUGGAGCGGCUUGAGAGGAUGAUAUUUCCGGCGGUUCGGCUGCCGCCGAGGGAGGAUGACUUCGAGGGGCCGGAGAAAACCGAGGGGUUGAGGCAAGAAAUUCCCGAUAAACCCAAAGACGAAAUUACAUUUUUGGAAGAAGCAUUCGCUAAACUCCGAAGCGCCACCGGCGUUACGAGAAAUGCCGAUGUUUUGGAUCGGUUUCUCGCACAGCGCGCUACGAAAGAGAACCUCCAGAGGAUGAGGACCGUCACGGAAGAUGAGAAAAUGGGACUGGAGAAGCAAAGGCAAAAAUUCACAGCUGAAAUUGAAAUGCAGAAGUUUUCGGAGACGAAAGACGCUGAUCAAAAUGCUGAGGAACUCGCUAGGCUGAACGACCGAAUCGAAGGUGAAAAGCAACGUCAGAAUGUAGCUGAGGUGGAAGAGAAACGGGUCCAGGGGACACUCCACGACGUUGCGAAGAUCUUAUGGAAAUUUUGCGACAGACUCAGGGACGUGAACGACUCGUUCCUCCCGAUGACACCCGAAAAUCUGGAGGAUCCCUAUUGCUAUCUGCUACUCCUGGAAGAGAAGAUGGAAUCUCUGAUUGAUAUGAUGGGCGGCCAUGCGCAGUACGACCAAUGGAUCCAGGAAGCCUUUGUUGAUAAAUUCGAAACUCUAUCGACUGGAUCUGCAUCGGAGGCUAUUAAAGCAGUUGAUGCCGAGGCACGACCACUUUUUCCACGAUUCCCUGGUGCACCGACCCCAGCUGCUCAGCCUAUUCCAUCUGAGGAUGAGGAGGAAAUUCCCACUCGAAGUGUUCUCAAGAGACAAGCGCAAUUACUGGUUGAUACCAAGAGCAGAAGAAAGGGAUUUAAUUUCAGAAGAUAACGUUCUUUUGUUUAAGCUUUUGUUCGCAAUUUUUGUGACAGUUUUAAUAAAUAAAAAUUGGAAAUGAACCGCAAGGUUUCUUUAAUUGCUCCUGGCGAUGACAGAGUUUAUGGCAACUCCGAGAAUGAGGGUGUAGGAGAAGGCGAGUGGAAGAGAGAGAUUGUGCCGACGGAAUUUACAAGCAUUUCGGUCCCGUCUCGAGUGGUCCAGCAGCUCCUGGAGAAGAAAAAGAAUAUGCAUGAAGAUACUCUCCAGGAAAUGAAGGAAGAACUUAUUUUUAUUCAGAAAAAAUGGGGAUAUGAAUUUAAAGUGAUGGCAGACAGAUUGAUAUUCGAAAUUGAGGAAAUUCGAUGGGAAAUUCAGGACGUGUGGAAAAAUUUUGAGACAGAUAUCAAGCGGUUUAAUGUAGCUGAACGUCAAACGGUGAAUGCCAGAUUGACUUCUCUACUAGCAGUGGAAAAAUCCCUGAUUGAUGAGUUUCAUGUAGACCUACGUAAAAAUGAGGAAAAACGAACUGUGACUACUAGGAAAACGUUCAAAAAAUUCCGAAAAAAAUUGAGAUAUAUCGCAUACGUGCCACCGGGCUCUCUAAAGAUUCCGACAGAAGAAGAAAUUGAAGACUACAACGGAAAAAUUAUAAGAAAUUAUGUGAUUUGUGAAAAAUUGUAUUCAAUGUUGACCUUGAGUACAAAAAAUUUAGAAUCGGAGGUGCACGAUUGGCUGGAGGGAAUAAAAAUCCUGAGAGAAUAAAUAUCAUGAACUAGACUAGAGAGAGAAUGGAGUCCGGUCUGCGCAGUUCGUCAUAAAUCUUGAAAUCCGUUGGAUCAUCGGGAUCGAAUUCUAUAUCCUCUGCUGUUAUUUCCUCCUUAGGUUUUCGAAUACGAGGAGGAGCAGAUGGAGCUUGGCUCAAACACGAUUCCACCUUUUCUUUAACAUUUCUUUCACUGACCGCGCCAUCCACCGUGAUCGCAGAUUCACUUGCAUACCGAAGCA